AUUACCUUUGGUGGUUAUAUUAUGAGAUUGAUGGAACAGUGUGCUCUUGUUAGUGCUUCUAGACAUUCUAGGAGAUUUUUAUUAUUAGCGAGACCAACUUAUGUUGGUGAUUGCAUAACAGUACGUUCUAUUGUGUCUUGUACAUUCCAUUCAAGCUUGGAAAUAUAUGUGUCUGUGGAAGCUGAAAAUGUCUUAACGGGUGAAAGCUUCUUCACUAAUGAUGGAUUCUUCACAAUGGUUGCCGUUGAUUUUUCAAAUAUACCAACACCUGUUCCACAUAUCAGACCAGUUCAACCACAUAUGAUAGAAAUAUUUGAAGGUGCAAGAGCACGGAGAAAUUGCCGACUUUUGCAACGCAAGGAAAUAAUACAAAAAGAGUUGUCUACACAUCCUGAAGAAUUUGAGCAAGUAUGA